GAACAGGCUCAAUAGCAGGAACAGCUCGUCUCCACUCGGAAGCAGCGUCUCGCGCGCGGAGGCCGGCUACAGAUAGGUUAAGAGCCAGGCGUUACAAAACAAACAAAAUUCUGAAAGAACAACAAUGUUUUACUUUCACUGUCCGCCACAGUUGGAUGGGGAAUGCUGUAGGACAAAUACCUUGAACACCAGCGGAUUUGGGAACCACGCUUCCGGGGAUUUUGACGAUGGCUUUCUAAGAAGGAAACAGCGCAGAAAUAGGACAACAUUUACUUUACAACAGUUAGAAGCUCUGGAAGCAGUUUUCGCACAGACUCACUAUCCGGAUGUAUUCACGAGAGAAGAACUGGCAAUGAAGAUAAACCUUACUGAAGCUCGUGUACAGGUAUGGUUUCAGAACCGGAGAGCUAAGUGGAGGAAAACAGAGAGAGGAAAUUCGGACCAAGAGGGUGGCAAAGACCCACUAAGCGAGGGGACCCCUCCCGUACGGAACUUGAACUCCCCGUCUCCCAUUGAGCAGGGCAGAAACAAAAAAGAACAUCUGGACGUGCAACCAAGCGUAAACAGAACUGUCGGUCCAGGCGGCCCAUUCUUUCCGUCCUGUUUGCCGGGUACUCUUCUGAAUACGGCUACGUACGCCCAGGCCCUGUCUCAGGUCGCAACGCUCAAAGGAGGUCCCCUUUGCUCCUGCUGUGUCCCAGAUCCCAUGGGGCUCUCCUUCCUGCCCCCCUACGGCUGCCAAAGCAACCGGACGGCCAGCGUGGCCGCCCUGCGGAUGAAGGCGAGGGAACACUCCGAGGCCGUGCUGCAGUCCGCCAACCUGCUGGGCGCCGGCGUGGGCUCACAGUGA